AAUUCAUUUUCUAAGAUCAUAAACCCAAGGAGAAAUGGUGACUUGGAAGUCAUAAGGAAGAAUUUAAAACAAGUGUUGAAACAAAAGCCAUGCCGUUAUUGUAGAAGACUCAUUCAGUCGUUCAUUCAAGUCUGUAUAAAUGAUGGUAUCUUUUGGACUACCAGCUCCUCUUAAUGGAACUGGUUCGAUGCCCAGAACUGAAUGCUGUGCUCCAGCUGUGGCCUCACCGGUGCUGAAUAGAGAGGAAGAGCCACCUCCAUAGCUUACAUGUGAUUCCUCUGCUUAUACAACCCAAUACUGGAUUUACUUACUUUGGCAAGAUAGCUGCAUUGUGCACUGUAUUUAAUGUUACGUGUACUGUAACCCUGGGUCUUUCUCUGCAUUGCUGCCGUUAAACCCCCAAUCCUGCCAAUCUAAAACUCCUGCCUUUGUUUACCUGCCCCUUGCCCCCAUAGCUCCCCAUACAUUCAUCCACAAUGAAUGUCUUCUUUUAAUUCUCUCAUUUCCUUUUACUCUAAUCUUAAACUUUGGCAAAACUUUCACUCUGUCCUAUAAAUUGUCAGUUGUCAGCCAUCUUAUGUUUCUCCCUGCUUUGGUAAUGGGACAUCUUUUUACGUCUCUUCUGUUUUUGUUUUUGUUUUGUUUUUUUCUUUUGUAGUUGUUGAGCACCUGGUGUGGUGGAUUUAGUAAGUAUUCAGCUGGCAUUUCUUCUGAAUCAAAUACCCAUGAACCUCUGGUUUGACCACCUGAUCAAAUUUUUACCUGUUAGCUCUUUUCUCCAGAUUUUCUUGACUCCCUAUCCCUAUGGCUUCAUUCAAGAUAUGAUAUUAUUAUUACAGCUCUGCCUCCAAGGAGAAGCCAAAACAAUACCAAUUUGCUGGGGAAAUUUAUGAUAAGAAAAUAUAGUCUUUAUUAAUUUUAAGUCUUUAAAAUAGUCUUUAAUAAUUUUAAUUAAAGACUGAGUAGUCUUUAAUAAUUUUAAGCAAAUACUUGCCAUCCCCCCACGUUAAUUUUUAGAAAACUGGUAGAGCUCAAGUUACUGUAAACUUCUAGAGUGAGUGAGGUAAAGGAAGAAGGAAGGGGAGCAAGGCUUUUGUGUUGAAUAGGAUAUGUUCUCUAAGAAAGCCAAAUCGAGGUUGGUGUUGGAUUUGGUAACUGUCUGGAAUGGAAGAUGAGACUCUGUCUUUCCUAGAUUCUGAAGCAUUAUUGCAAUCUAGGAUUUAGAGUAGGUUUUUUUAAGUUGUUUGAUUUAAGACUGUUGACACAGGCACACAAAUUUUUAAUUACGUGCUUUGGUUAAUCAUUUAGACUGUGGAAUGUUUGGUCUUUGCUGAUUUAUUUUGGGUAAUAAGAAUUGGAAGGUCUUCAUAUGUCCUUUUUACCCGUUCUGAACCCCAUCAAGUUUAGGUAAAUCCUGGUGUUCCUUGUAGUUGCAUUAAAGCUGAUGUUGAGUUCUUGCCUUUUCCCUGUCUUAAUUGGUGUGUCCUGUUUAAGCAGCCUCUCUGAGAAUCUCCAUUCUUUACUCAACUCCGAAGUUCCUUCUUGUGGUUUUUGUAGCUUUAACGGAUUGAAAUCAAUCUAGAAAUAUUUUUAACAUUAUUUCAAUAUAUCAAAUCCCUAUCAUAGGGAUUUAGGAGGUACCAAACAUCUUUCCUUCAGGCAUCUGAUAGAUAUUUUACAUAUCAGCGUAUUACACCGUGAAAGUGAAUUGCAGAGUGCACUAUAAGUAAGAGGCGGUGAGAUAGCACCUGUUCUUUCAUAUGUAUAACCAUUGGACAUUGCUAAUUUUAUUAUUCACCAUUACAUCAGGCAAUGAAUUUUUAAGCUCAAUUAGGUCAAAGACAGUAAGAGUCUUUUCUGUGGUUUUUCCGCCAUGCAUUUUGCCAAAAUUUGGUGGCUUUGCUUAUGUUUGUGUCACUUCCUGAUAAGUGUGGCACCUUUCUUCAAAGGAACAUUAUCCUUGGAUUCUGAAAUGACCCUCAGUGACGAGCUGCCUGGGCUCAUUUGUGUGCUGGAUGUUUUUCUCUAGGCAGCCAGCAUUAGUGAGCAAUGGCAGGGUUUCCAUCUCCAUUUAUGGCCUUGGAAGGGUGAAAGGGACAUGGCUGGGACUCUCCAUUUACGGUCCUUGAAGGAGUUGAGAAGAGUGGUUGGGGUGUUCUUGGAGGCAGAAACUAGACAUUGUGAGAUAAAAAUAAAUUGGCAGGGGAUGUUUGCAAUUCAAAUUCCGAUCCCUGCUAGGAGGGCAGAGGGUGCCGGGAGAAGGGGAGUGUGGAGAAAGUCAAAUGGGAUCUGCUGCAGGCACUUGCCUCCUUCCACCGGAGGGUUUGUCUAUGACAUAUGUUUCCUGAGUUUAUGUUUGGUUCUUUCUAGAAAGUUUUGUCUCAUGGUUGUGACUAUCUUUUGCAAAGAGAAGCUUAAACACUCUUUAAUUCAGAGAAUGCGUUUUUGGAAACCUCAGUUCUCUGAGGCAUUGUUUGAAGCACCAGAAGAGAUCUCAAGAAGGGGAGAAUGAGACAGUGCUUGUGUAGGAGGUAGGCUGGCUGGCUUUAGGGCAGGUGACUCUAAUCUUUAUUACUCCUUUUGCUCAUCUGGAUUUCUGGCCUCAAGACAGAUUUUCAAAGUAUUUUGCAGAGUAUCUUGUAGCUUGCUAACUGUGGCUUAAAGGUCCCGAACUUUGAUGGAGGCUGUAUAAAGAUUAAAGGUUGGUGAGAAUAGGUAGUAUAUUGGCUUAUGGAAAGUAAUCUCACAUGCAGUAGAAAGUCUGGCUAUUGCCUAUAAACUAAGUCUGAGGUGAUCUGGUUUUGGUCAUUGAAUUAGGAAGUGUUUGGGAGCCACCAGGGGCAGGGGGUCUUGUCUCAGGAAAAUCCUCGGUGUGAAACCCAGGGAACUAGAGGGAAAUUAGAAGAAGGAGUGCAGGGAGGCAGAGAUGGAUGGGAUAGAGACUGGAUGUAACCAAACAAAUUUGGAAGCUGGGACUAAGUCCUCAACUUAACCUUUUGACCUAUGUAAGAUAGUGUUAACAUGUACCAUUAGACUCAGGAGACUGAGCUAGUAAGCAGAAAUAUGCCUUAGAAAUACAGACCAUGAAAAAAAUUGAAAGACUGUUGUAACAAUUCCAGGCUUUGUGGGCUUGCAUGAUGUCUAUUUGCUGUAUACCAUGUGGCAGAAAAAGAAGUGAAAUAUCACCCCUCCACCUCAUCCUCCCCUAGAAGAGGAUUGGCCUCCUUGGUUGGCUCGCUUAGCUGGCAGUGUGAUUUGGCAGAAUGGUAAAUUUGUCUAAUUUUCAGAGCUAGGUGUUAGUGUAUUGUUUCUUGAUGGUUGAUGUUUGAAAUGGGGAAUUUGUAGCAUUGUUGAUUGACCUCUGGUUUAAGUUAUAGCAGCUUCCACAAAGAAUAAUAAGUUAGUAAGAGACAUAGAUUAUGUAAGUAGUUUGGUUUACUAGCUAACUUGUUUAGGCAGUAGUUCUACCUUGUACCCCUCCUUAAGCAAGAGUGAGGAAGGGAUCCUUUGCUUUGGGAAAUUCUUCUUUCUGUCCUCCCUUCCCUCACUUUUUCCAAAUUCUGGGCACAAUAGCAGCUCUCUCUCUUCUGUGGCAGGUGUGCGUCCUAUUGGCUGGCUGGUAUUUCUUGUUUUUUUUUUCCCCCUUAUUCUUUUUAAAUGGGGGUGGGGGUAUAAAAUAUGUGUAUGGGAUAUAUGCAAUAAUGUUGUAAUGUUUCUUGUUGUUUAAUGGAUAAUUAAUUGCAAAAUAAUUGUUUAAUUAUAACAUGUUUGAGUAAAUGCUAAAUUAGUAUUUUUUUCUAAUAUAAUAAUGAUUUUGAAAUCUAGCAUUCCUGUAACAAUGUGUCUAUGUUUGUCUGUCUGUGUCUGUCUAAUAGUAAUUAAUAUCUGUGGUCCGUACCUGGAAGAGGAAGUACAGCUUUAAAGGAAUAACAAAAGACUUUGUGUCUUAGACCCUUCGCAGGUGUUACAGUCGGGUGAAAGAACAUGGUGUUGGGAAAAGAAAGAGCAGUUACACAUUUGAACAGUUGGAACAGGUGUUUGGUCAGGGAGGAUGGGAUGCUCAGCCCUGCCAGCCUGUACUUAUUAACAGUAGUGGCUUGUACCAGGAGCUGGAGUCAGAUGGCAGCACUAUGGAGGACUAUUCACAGGAGGACUGGGGAAACCACAGUCAGGAUCUCCAUGGCUAUCCAACAGAUCAGGAAUUGGAUGAAAUACCUGUUACAAAGAGAACAUUAAAAAUAAAACAAGAGUCUUCUGAAGAAGCACAGAAGAGAGACAUCAUGCAAAAUAUUGUUCAGAUUUUGGAAUCGGUACAGUUGAAAUGGGAACUGUUUCAGAGCUGGACAGACUUUUCAAGGCUCCAUCUUUCUAAUAAACUGGCCAUUUUUGGAAUUGGUUAUAACACCCGCUGGAAAGAGGAUAUCCGUUACCAUUAUGCUGAGAUCAGCUCACAGGUGCCCCUUGGCAAGCGACUUCGGGAAUAUUUCAACUCUGAGAAGCCUGAGGGACGGAUCAUUAUGACCCGAGUACAGAAAAUGAACUGGAAAAACGUUUACUACAAAUUUUUAGAGAUCACUAUUAGUGAAGCCAGGUGCCUAGAGCUACACAUGGAAAUUGACUGGAUACCCAUUGCCCAUUCCAAACCAACCGGUGGGAACGUUGUUCAAUAUUUAUUGCCAGGAGGCAUUCCUAAAAGCCCUGGCCUUUAUGCCAUUGGCUAUGAAGAAUGUAUCGAGAGGCCUCUCUCACCCCACGUGGAGCGGCGUUCCCUGGACCCAGGAAAAGAGGGCCGAGGUGACCUGGAAACCCUUUCCACACAAGCCUCAUUACAGGUGGAAAUAGAACCCACCCGAAUCACCUAUUGCUACCUCGGGAUUGCUGAGGUCAGGACUCUGCAGCAAUGCUUAUUUUUACAUUUCCAAGCAAAUACCAAAACCUUCAGCAAAGAUUGGGUUGGUAUUAAUGGGUUUUUGUCCCAGAACUGUAUUGUGGAUCCUGGAGUUUCCCCUAAAUCUAUCUAUAUCAAAUUUGUAGAAGUAGAGAGGGAUUUUCUUUCUGCUGGCUCUCUAGUUGAGUGCCUGGAAAAAGCCAUUGGAUACCCCUUAAAAUUCAACAACUGAAUGUCAUCCUUCAUAAGGAUUCGGGCUCUUACCUCCCUCUUCUCUACUCACCCCCAUGACCCAGACCAACCCUCAUCCAGAUGCUGCCACCAGACUCUUCAUGGGAACUGUUUCCACGAGUGGGCCAGUACAGACUCUGGGCAGAAAAUACAGACCUCACCUGAGAAUGCUCAUUUUGAGCAAGCAAGAUACAUAGCAAACUUGCAUGGUGGGUCAGCUGUUUUCUUUUUUUAAAUUGAAAAAUUUUUACAUGGAUUUUAGAGCCCUAAUAUAAACAAAUGUAGGUACAUUCCAUAUUGGACAAAACUUAAUACUUUUGAGUUUCAUACGAAAUUGAAAAAUUGUAUUUUUUUCACAAUGUUUCAUUUUUACACAUCUCUAUGUCUCUAUAUAAGUAUUAUUUACAACCUUGAAUAAAUAAGCAAUAGAUAAUGGCAAGUUAAGUCUUGAGUCACAGUACGUAAGACUGUUUUUCAGUAUCACCCCUAGCUACGAUUGUAUAUAAUUUAGAGUUUCAUUUUUUGCACCAGCCAAGUGUUUUACUAUUUCCAAUCAGUGUUGCCUGCAAAGACCUUUGUUUCUGUGAUGUACCAACUUUAUGGUUGUGUUGCCAUUUAAACUUUUUUUUUAAAAAAAGAAAUUAAAGUAAUU